AUGAAUUUUUUCAUAUUCCUGGCGAUAAUUGGCGAAUUUGUGAAAACGGACGGGUUGAAAUCAUGGUGCGAUCAAAUGGAGCAGUUGUGUUUUUUCACCUUCGGCAUGAAGAAAUACGUGUCCAACAUAAACGAAGCCCACGAGUUAUGCGUGAAAGAGGAUGCAGCUAGCAAGGAGUUGGACAUGUACAACAAAUACAUCCUCUACAGCGUCAUCAGAUACCUGGAAACGACGGAGUUCAACAAGAAAGUUAGCAGUCCGCCCUUCUAUUUUAUCGUCAAAAGUUGGCAUGACAAUCGCCAACCAUGUAGCAGACCUGCCGUGAAUUACGAUGUUUAUGACACGACUUUCUUCUGCCCUGAUAGCUCCAUUACAAAGUUCAACGUUGUCUGCAUGAUGAGUAUGUAG